AUGGAGACGUAUGAGCGAUCAGACACAGACUUGUUGGGUACAUCAGCUUGUUUUCCCAAACAAAAUCAGAGACAAAACCCCAGUAGAGCUCCUACUUCUGAGCUCCAGCCGGGAUGCAGAGUGUCAUCUAGACUGUCACAGACAUCCUCCCCUCAGUCAGGCUGCCCGUCACCUUCCAUCCAGACAGGCAAAGUCAUCUCCUCAUCGCAGAAGCACAGCAAGAAGGCACUCAAACAGGCCUUGAAACAGCAGCAGCAAAAGCAACAACAGCAGCAAUGCAGAGCAGGCAUGCCCGUGUCAGCUAAUCAGCAUGUCCUUUUGAAGGCUGUCAAGGCAGCCAGUGACUCCACACCUGCGAAAUCUGCUUGGGAAGGAAAGCAGUCAGAUGGACAGUCAAGCAGCCCUCAGAACUCCACCUCCAGUUCCUCUCCCUCUGUUAAGCUUGAUAACUCCUUGCCAGGGCUGGGGAAGAAACCAUUCCAGAGAUCUGACAGGCUCCAUGCAAGGCAGCUGAAGAGAACAAAGUGUGCUGAAAUUGAUGUGGAAACUCCCGACUCCAUCCUUGUGAACACAAACCUGCGGGCACUGAUCAACAAGCAUACGUUCUCCGUUCUGCCUACAGAAUGCCAGCAGCGCCUGCUGCUGCUGCUGCCGGAGGUGGACAGGCAGGUUGGGGCGGAUGGUUUGAUGAAGCUGAGUGGCUCUGCGCUCAACAACGAGUUCUUCACUUCAGCUGCCCAAGGCUGGAAGGAGAGGUUGUCAGAAGGUGAGUUUACACCAGAAAUGCAGCUAAGAAUAAGGCAAGAAAUAGAAAAGGAAAAGAAAGUCGAGCUGUGGAAGGAACACUUUUUUGAGAGCUACUAUGGUCAGAGUUCUGGGUUAAGUCCUGAAGAGUCCAAGAAACUGACAGCAAAUACCAGCUCUGCUGAGACAGAGACUGAAAAUCCAACAGCUGAACAGCCAAAAUGCAUGCCAGCCUCUCUGGCACCACGCAAAGAGGAGAUUACUUCUCCGUUAGAGUCUAAAGCACAAGUAGUCCAGGAAGCACUGGCGAUGAAAAAAGGAGAGGAAAGAAGAGAGGACAUGCAGCCAAAACCAGCCAAACCUGCAGAGGCCUUGGUUUCCCCGGAUGGGUGUGCAGUGAAACCUAGCGACCAUUCUCUCCCUAUAAAAGAGGGAGUCCAAGGAGAAUCCAUUCAAGAGAAACCACAAACUGCCGCUAGUCAAAAGCCCCAAGAAGAGAGAAAGCAUGCUGCAUCAAAGGAAGUGCUAGUGAAAGAGACUGUCAGUACCUCAGUGUUGGCCCCGAGUAAACCAAAGAGCCCUGAAGCAGGUGAAGUAGUAGCAAACGUGAAAAGUCCAGUGAUGACUCCAGAAACACCAGAAAAGAAGUCCCCUGUAAAUGAAGAGAUGGAAGUCAGUGUUAUGGAAGCCCAUAAGAGGAAGUCAGAGAGUUGUGAAGAAGCUGUAACCACUCCUGAAAAAAAGCCACGCGUCAUGGAGAACUGUCAGCACCACCAGGCAUUUCGGACUCAGCCACAGUCCUUUCCUGCAGCGGGGACCCCGGUGCCACGGGUACCCCCACUCAAGAUUCCUGUUUCCAGAAUCUCCCCAAUGCCAUUUCCUGCGGGCCAGGUCUCUCCCAGGGCACGUUUCCCAAUCUCACUCACCAGUCCGGGAAGAACAGGGGCCAGAACUCUGGCAGACAUCAAGGCAAAAGCCCAGCAAGCCAAGGCUCAGAGGGCAGCAGCCGCUGCCGCCGCCGCCGCCGCUGCUGCCGCUGCCUCGACGGGGGGGGCUGUCCCAGGGCCUGGACCGGGCGGUGGUGGGGGCCCACCGGGCGGUGGAGGAGAGAAGAGUAACGCAGCAACGAGCGGAACCAACAAAACUGGAAUUAGAGGAAGUGCACUGGAACUGGCAGGAACUGGAAGCGGGGGAAGUUCGAGAGGGUUUCUUCCCCAUUGUCCAGGGACCCAUACCCAAAUGGAGACCCAGGCCACGGACCAGGCACCACCUCACAAUCCUUCUAGAGCACAACUACAGCAAACUUCCACACUGCAGUCCAGAACUCCAGCCAGCAAUACAGGCACCAGCUCCUCCUCAUCAGCGGUAUCGGCAUUAGAGAAAACCAACAGAAUAAAGCAGAGCCCCCCCAGUAUGACUGUAAAUCAGGUUUCAGGCUCCCCGUAUGCUGGUAGCAGUGACAAACAAGAGAAAGCACCUUCGGCUCCAGCAGGUCCAAGCCAGGCCUGUGGGGCACCAGCUGUCAGGGAUGGAGCAGUCUGCGUCAUGGUGUCCACAGCAGAUCCCAGCACAAAUGUAACUAAGGUAGCACCUACAGCCUUAGGAGGGACCAGCUUAGAUGUUUCUACAAGCAAAUCUCCUUCCCCUCUGACAUCUUCACUAACAUCCGUGAGCUCAGAAGCCCAGGCUGGAGGUGUGGUCACAUCUGCUACAUCUGUCCCACCCUCUAGCACUUCGUCAGCAGCGCCUAGCCUUAAAAAUCAUGCAAGUUCAGGCUCAAGUGGGGCCCUCCCAAAACCAAGCUCCAGUAUUCCUGCUAACAACCCUUUGGUCACCCAACUUCUUCAAGGCAAGAACGUCCCUCUGGAGCAAAUCCUGCCGAAGCCUCUCACCAAAGCAGAGAUGAAAACUGUCCCAGUAGCUUCUCAUGAAGAAAAAGGGGCAGCAGCAGCAUCCAGUGCUACAAGUGUAGCAGGGAACGGUGCUAGAGCUGAGGGCGGUGAAAGACAGUCAAGUUUACCCACACAACAGCUUGGGAAGCUCUUUUGCCAGAACAGGCCUCUGCCUCACAUUCCAAGGACCUUUCCACUCCCCUUGGGAAAGGACUCCAGUCGUGACCAGCACCAGUGCCACGAGGCACUCAGCAAAACAACCCAAGAGCAGAUCCUUCAGACUCUUAUCAAGAGGGUCCAGAGGCAGAAUUUGUUACCAGUCCUUCAGCCUUCACAACUGAACCUCGCUCACUCAGGUUUCCAGUUAGAAAACAGCUCCACCAGCCAGAGAUUUAUGCUGGGUUUCAUGGGCAGAAGGACAUCCAAGCCUGCUAUGUCUGGUCAUUAUCUGCUCAACAUUUCCACCUAUGGUCGUGGUUCAGAGAGUUUGAGGAGAGGCUUCUCCUUGAACCCUGAAAACCGCUUGUGUCUGAACAGUCCUGCUGAUGCUCCAAAAACAGAAGUUGGGGAAUGUGAGGAGAUAGGUGGCCAUGGCAGCAGCAGCGAUGAAGGAGAUGCAGAUGAUGAGAGUACUGGUGAUGAACAUGAGCAUAUCAGUGUAAAAGAGGAGCCCCAGGCUGCCCAGGCUUCUGGUCAGUGUGAAAAAGAGCAGGUAUCACAUAGCAUAAAUUCUUCGGAUUACAGCACCCUUCCUAAAAAGGGUAUAAAGACAGAAGCAGCCACGUCUCAGCAAGCAGCAGUCAACAAGGAGAACGUUCAGGCAUUUGAUGGAACUACGCUAGCACGAGAUUUUAUUCAAGCUGCUCAAGAGCAAAUGGCACAUGCAAUGAGGGGGAAAAUGCACAGCAAUCCGGAGCUUUUCAGUACUUCUGUACCGUCCUCGGACUCUGCGCAGCAGCAGCCUCCACUGCUUUCUCCUUCACACCCUGCAAAGCUAUCUGGAAAUGCUGCAGCACAGCUCAUUGGGCCCAGUUACAGUGGCACAAUAAACGUCUCCACCUCCCCAGACGUGAACCAAGGGUCUCUUAUGACUGGGCUGUCUGAAUGCAAUCAGUUGUCCAGUAGCAUGGGGAACGUCAUGUCCUUUUCUGUGACUGUAACCACCAUUCCCACCAGCCAAGCUAUGAACUCUGGCAACCACACUCAGACCAUCCCCGUUCAAGCCUUCGCUGAAGACAACAGCAUGGAGGAUUCCCCUUCCAAAUGUUACUGCAGGUUGAAAGCCAUGAUCAUGUGCAAGGGCUGCGGUGCCUUCUGCCAUGAUGAUUGCAUUGGCCCCUCUAAGCUCUGUGUCUCCUGCCUCGUUGUGCGGUAACCGGGAUGGGAAGUGGGGAAGAGGAUGGCUUGUUGUUGGUUUUGCUUUCGGAAGUACAUUGGGAAGAAACAGGAAACUUACUGCCUUGCACAAGAGACGCGUUACUGAAUCAGGAAUACAGAGUAGAGUUCUUCUUUCAUUAAAGAAAGAGCACCUUCUUGUACAGUGAGUCUAAAUUGAGCUCAACUACGUGAAUUGUGACAAGAGUUUGCACUUAAGGAAUUAUGUAAAUAUGUCACAUUAUUUUGUUUAAAAGUAUUUUUUCAAUCUUUUAGGAGAUAGUGUUUGACUUGUACUGCAGUUUCAUUAACCCCAGCCUGCUAUCCAGCAUGUUUGCUGAGCUCUGCUCUAGAUGGGGGAACAAACCCCUGGCAAAACCUUAGCCUGUUGUUGGUCUUCUCUUGGCAAAGAGAAGAACUGGAUAAUCAAGAAACAAAAUGUUUGUACUGACUGAUCACAGAGCACUGAAGUAGGAACCCCUGAGUGGGCUCACUUUGUUGCUCUGAAUUUUAGUUCAAAUUUUUCGGAAUUGGAAGGCAUUACCAUUGUACCAGCCUUUCAAGUAAUUGCCUUUCACUUGUGACCAGGCUGUUUCCAGAAGGCAUACUGGGUUGUGCAAUAUUGGCUGGUGGUUUUGAUUUGCAUAUCCUCUCCCCUUCAAGGAGUCAGUUGCAGUAACCUUGUUUUAAGGAAGGUAGUGUCUUGAUUUGCUACUGGUAAAUACUGAAAAGGGCAACUGUACUAACCAUAGGAUUCAAGAAUUUAAAUCACUAAAACAACUCAGUAACCAUGAUUAUCAGUAAUCCCAAGAACCAUUUAAAGCAGAGAUCACAAAUAUGUGCUGAACUGCAUUUCAUUUCUGGACUGUCAGGACUCAGCAGAAAUCUGCUUUCUUAGGCAUUUCGAGUGAGCUGGAAAGUGCCAUCCCACAGUCAUG